UCCCUGGUCCUCCCAGGUACAGAGCAGCAGGACCUGUUUAUAUACGGCACCAUCUGGAGGAUCCUGUCACAUCGCAUCCCAGACCGACGGCAGAGAUCCAAUGAUGAAGCUGCUCCUGCAGUCCGGCCUCUCCAGCGCCCUCCUGUGUCUGGCUGUCGGGCUCCAGUGCUACCACUUUAAGGGUUUUCCGGAUCGUGCUCCUAAAGAACAGGUGGUGAAGACUUGUGACAGCACCCAGCAGCACUGCAACUCCUUUCUCGUCACAUAUAGUGGUUUGUUGCAUGGAGGUAUCCUAACCAAGGGAUGUUCUUCUGGAGAAACCUGCAACCAAACCCACACAGGCUCCCUCAAAUACAUCGAGACCAGCCAGACCACUCUCUGCUGUGACAACGACCUGUGUAACCGGGACUUGGCACCAGAUCUUGGGGAGCACUCCCAUACUGAGUGCUUGGCAUGCCAUGGACAGCCUUUGGCUUGUGGUGGCAGCGAUCUUCCGAGUCUGAGAUGUGGAUCCUCCAAUCAAUCUUGCGUUGAGGUCUCCAUCACUGUCGCUUUGAGCAAAGGUAGGACUAUGUAG